AUGUUUGGAGCAUUUUCUUUGAUAUUUUGGACCAUAACACUCCUUUCACUCAUCAAAUACAUGGUUUUUGUCUUAAGAGCAGACGACAAUGGUGAAGGAGGGAUUUUUGCGUUGUAUGCUUUGCUGUGCAGAAACGCGAGAUUUUCUUUGCUUCUGAAUCAGCAAACUGCUGAUGAGGAGAUAUCUACUUACUAUGGCCCUGGAGAUGCAAACAGGAGUUUACCUUCUUCUGAUUUCAAAAGGCUUAUUGAACAGAAUAAAAGAUCCAAAACAGCUUUGCUUCUCUUAGUCUUGGUUGGUACUUCAAUGGUCAUUACCAUUGGUGUCCUUACACCCGCAGUUUCUGCUUAUAGACGACAGUUUCUUAUUAUUUGUCUUGCUUGUUCAGGUACUGUGGUUAUGAUAGCAUGCGCUCUGCUAGUUGGACUUUUUGUUCUGCAGCACCGUGGAACUAACAGAGUUGCCUUUUUAUUUGCACCCAUCAUGAUUUUGUGGCUGUUCACAAUUGCAACUAUUGGUCUGUACAAUAUUUUUAAAUGGAAUCCCAGCGUAUACAAAGCUUUGUCCCCACACUAUAUCUUUAAGUUCUUUAGAGACACUGGUAAAGAUGGGUGGUUGUCUCUUGGAGGCAUUCUUUUAUGCAUCACAGGAACAGUAACACGUUUGCAAUCUCAUGGCUUUAUGCAGUUUGCGUUCUGCUGUGUUGUGUACCCAUGUCUGGUGCUUCAGUAUAUGGGUCAAGCUGCGUUUUUAUCAAAGAAUUUUUCUGCUCUACCCACUAGCUUCUAUGCCUCCAUCCCAGAUCCAUUUUUCUGGCCGGUUCUAAUGAUGGCUAUGCUGGCUGCAAUGGUUGCGAGCCAAGCAGUCAUAUUUGCGACUUUCUCAAUUGUCAAACAAUGCUAUGCAUUGGGAUGCUUCCCUCGUGUGAAGAUUGUUCAUAAACCAAUAUGGGUUCUAGGUCAAAUCUACAUUCCCGAGAUCAACUGGCUCCUCAUGGUCCUCACCCUCGCUGUUACCAUUGGUUUCCGUGACACUAGACACAUAGCUUUCGCUUUUGGACUUGCUUGCAUGAGUCUGGCGUUUGUGACGACUUGGCUGAUGCCUCUAAUCAUAAACUUUGUUUGGAAUCGGCAUCUUGUCUUCUCCAUUCUCUUCAUCUUUUUAUUCGGGACCAUCGAACUCGUCUUUUUAGCAUCCUCUUGGACCAAGAUCCCACACGGCGGAUGGAUCACUAUCCUCCUAUCUCUACUCUUCAUCUUCACCACAUAUGUUUGGCACUAUGGAAACCGAAGAAAGUACCUAUACGACCAACACAACAAAGUCCCCAUGAAUACAAUCCUCACCCGUGGCCCGAGCCUCGGGAUCGUCAAAGUCCCUGGGAUCGGUCUAAUCUAUACCGAACUAGCAAGCGGUGUCCCAGCCACAUUCACUCACUUCCUCACCAACUUACCAGCGUUCUACCAAGUGGUUGUCUUCAUCUGCUCCAAAACCGUCCCUAUCCCUUACAUACCGCAGAAAGAACGAUACCUUAUAGGCCGUGUCGGUCCCAAAACGUACAGGAUGUACCGUUGCAUAAUCCGAACUGGAUACAAAGACGUGAACAAAGAUGGAGACGAUUUCGAAGACGAGCUCGUCGAUAGCAUCGCCGAGUUUAUCCAGCUGGAAUCCGAAGGCUCGGGAUCACAUGCCGACCGUUCUGUUGAUGGUCGGCUUGCAGUUGUGAAAACCUCAAACAAGUUCGGAACAAGGUUGUCUCGGUCAAGAUCCGAGGUUUACGUAGCCGGAAGCAGUAGCAGCUCGAGCUCGAGGUCUCAAACGACGGUGACUAAUAGCAAAUCUCCGGUGCUGAAGAGAUUAAAAGCGGAAUACGAACAAGAGCUUCCGAAGCUGAGUAUGAGGAGGAGAUUUCAGUUCAGACCGAUGGAUACAACGUUCAGACAACCGCAAGUGAAGGAAGAGUUGUUUGAUUUGGUUGAGGCUAAAGAUGCUGAAGUGGCUUAUAUAGUUGGGCAUGGUCACGUGAAGGCGAAACGGAACUCGACAUAUGGGAAACAGUUGGUGAUAGAUGUGGCUUACUCGUUCUUGAGGAAGAACUGUCGUAGCCCUGCCGUGAUGUUGAACAUUCCUCAUAUUUGUUUGAUUAAAGUAGGUAUGAAUUAUUAUUUGUAG